AACUUUAUUGAUGAUUUCAAACAACCAUUAUAAAUAAAUUCAACAACUACCCAAAGUCAUUCACAAUUCACAUACAAGCAUUUCACAUAUAUCUAUUUAUCUCUAUCAACUAUAAGCAUAGUGUUUUUAAUUACACCUUUCCAUCAAUGGCAAAAAUGAAUCAGAGUAACAACAAUGAGAAGCCUCCAAAGGGCGGUGACAGGAAAAACAACGAUGAUGGUACGAUGACCGUUGUGGUUCUCAAAAUCGACUUGCAUUGCGAAGGUUGUGCAGGAAAAAUUGCUAAAGUUGUUCGCACUCUCAACGGUGUGGAGUCAGUGAAGAAAGGGGACAAUGAGUUAAAAAAAAUAAAAGUGAUCGGUAAAGUUGAUCCGGUGGAACUCCGGCAAAAAGUUGAGGAAAAGAUCAAGAAAAAAGUGGAACUGAUAUCUCCGGUAACCAAAAAGCAAAAUGAUGCUGGUAAUGGAGAACAACCACCCAAGGAACCUAAACAGCAAACUGCCACCGCGAAAGACAAGAAUAAACCUAAAAAGUUUCCGGUAACGACGACAGUAUUCAAGAUCUCAUUGGACUGCCAAGGAUGCAUUGACAACAUUCAAAAGUUAAUCAGGAAAACCGAUGGGUUUAUUGAAAUGUCAAUAGAACGGAAGAAAGAUUUGGUGACAGUUAAAGGAGGUAUAGACGUUGACAAGUUGGUGGCAGCGCUCAAGGAUAAACUGAAGAAGAAAGUCGAGAUUGUUCGAGCGAAAGAUGGCAGUGAGAAAAAGGGCAAGGAUGGUGAAGGAGAUGGGAAGGGUAGUGGCGGUGGGAAAAAAGGAAAGGGUGGUGAAGGAGAUGGGAAGGAAAGUGGCGAGGAUCCACAAGUGGAGCAGUAUCAGUAUUUUGUUAGUCAAAGUCAAUACAUAUAUCCUCAGUAUGUAAAUGUGCCGGAAUAUCCGUAUGGUUACAUGCAUCCUCAUGCUCCUUCGAUGUUUAGCGACGAAAACCCAAAUGCAGCUUGUGUUGUUAUGUAGAUGAACGAAAAUGAUGAGAGGAUGAAAUUGCAAGUUAUAAACAAGUAUAAAGAAGAGGAGAAACAGGGCUAUUCAAGCAGUUUAGUAGAACAUGUUUAUCUCUUGUAUUCAUUUAGUUUGUUUCAAUGAAUGAAUGAAUGAAUAAUGAUAGUACAAUUAUAUGAUUAUAAACA